UGCCGCGCGCACAGCUCCCGUCCUGACGCGAAAUCCCCGCCCCAUUCACUCCGAUUGGUUGGAGGACCAUCAGCUCGUUCGGUCCUCCAGCCCCGCCUCCUAUUCGUCCGGAGCUUCCGUCAAUCAGCUGGGCAUUGUGAGGUUGUCAGGUGAGAGGUCACUGUCGGGAGCGGGUUAAUAAACUCCGGGCGGGGUUUACAAAUCCCGAGUGCGGCCCCAGAGCCGAAUAUUAAACAAUGAACAUUCUCCACUCUCAUUAUCCGCCGCUUCCGGCUUCUCUCCGGGAACAACCUCAAACAAAGAGACCAGGGGGAGACAGUGGCCUAGUGGGAAUGUCACUGGAUCAGUAAUUCAGAGACCCAGGGUCAUUACCCAAGACAUUAUCACUCGCUGCGUCAAAAGAAGUUCUUCCUCACAUCUCCUUUCUGUAUUGCACAAAAUCUUUUUGAUUAGUUAAUGGGAACAGUUAAUCUUUAUCUACCUGGUAUAAAACUAGCACAAGUUCUGUUGAAGAGUCAUACGGACUCGAAACGUUAACUGUGUUCCUCUCCCCAGAUGCUGCCAGACCUGCUGAGUUUUUCCAGGUAUUUUCAUUUUUGUUUUUGUUUUAUAAACUUGUACACCUCUAUCAAAUCUCCCAGCAAUCGGCUUCACUCCAAGAAGAACAAUCCCGAUUCCUCCAACCUAACCUUGCAACUAUAAUCCCUCAUUCCUGGAAGCAUUCUGGUAAAUCUCCUCUGCACCCUCUCAUGGGCCCUCACAUCCUUCAUAAUGUGUGGUGAUCACUGGUUUGCACAGACCCAGAUGUUCUGUGUUCGUGUCUGUGAUGUCAUCACGCACCAACAAUUACACGGUAACAUCACCCUGCUCCCUGGGUACUUCCUCAACUGGGAGAUUUUUCUCUGACUCCAGUGCUUCUGAUAUCUUUCCAGCUGCAGGCUCCAGCAGGAGAUUUUAAUAUUGAAAACAGUGGAGUUGUUUCAGAGGAUUUUUUCACAGAACCGAGUCUAGAAACACAUACAGACCAACUCAGAGCUGGUUUGUAGCAGGAUAGGCAUUGGUGGCAAAUGUUCGCCCCUGGCCUCCACUACAGGUCCAUUUUCUUCAAGUCAUAUAGAAGGAGGCUCUUUAACUCAUUGUGCCCAUGCUGACUCUCUGCAAGAUCUGAUCAGUUAGUCCCACAAGAUCAGCAUAUAUUACCAAUCCCCAGUUAGCUGUGGAGAAGAUGUUUGACCUUCUUGACCUGCUGCAGUCUGUGUGGUGAAGGUGUUCCCACGAUGUGUUUGGGGAUUAGAAGGGAAGGAUUUGCAAUUGGGAAACUCAAACCUAACAUCACAUCAGGUUCUGGUGAAGUCACCCAAUUUACUGGACUUUGAACAUGGAAGGAAAAGUCACAGUUCACAGUGGAGAGAAACCAUACACAUGUUCCGUGUGUGGAUGAGACUUCAGCCGAUCAUCUGACCUGUCGAGACUCAAGUGCAGUCACAACAGGGAGAAGCUGUGGAAAUGUGGGGAUUCAGUUACCCGUCUGAACUGGAAACUCAUCGAAGCAGUCACACAGGGAGAGGCCGUUCACCUGCUCUGACUGUGGGAAACGAUUCACACGGUCAUUGCAACUCAUGACGCACCAGCGUGUUCACACUGGGUGCUAGAAGGGAAGGAUUUGCAGUGAGGAAACUCAAACCAAUCAUCACAUCUGGAUCUGAUGCAGCCUCCAAAUUUAUCAUAACUGGAAUAUCAUUUGAUUUUGAACAUGGAAGGAAAAAGCACCGUUCACAGUGGAGAUAAACCGUACACAUGUUCUGUGUGUGGACGAGGCUUCAGCCGAUCAUCUGGCCUAUCGAAACACAAGUGCAGUCAUACGAGGGAGAAACUAUGGAAAUGUGGGGACUGUGGGAAGGGAUUCAAUUACCCGUCUGACCUAGAAACUCAUCGGCGCACUCACACUGGGGAGAAGCCGUUCACUUGCUCUGAGUGUGAGAAGAGAUUCACUCACUCAUCCAGCUUGCUGAAACACCAGCGGGAUCACAAUGGGGAGAGACCAUUCACCUGCUCCAAGUGUGGGAAGGGAUUCACUACCUCAUUUCACCUGCUGACACACCAGCGAAUUCACACUGGGGAGAGGCCAUUCACCUGCUCUGACUGUGGGAAGCGAUUCACUCAGUCAUCCCAACUACGAGCCCACCAGCGCACUCACACUGGGGAGAGACCCUUCAGUUGCUCUGACUGUGGGAAGGGAUUCACUCAGUCAUCCCACCUGCUGACUCACCAGCGCAGUCACACUGGGGAGAGGCCAUUCACCUGUUCCAAAUGUGGGAAGGGAUUCACAUGUUCAUCACGUCUGCUGACGCACCAGCGAGUUCACACUGCUGAGAGACCUUUUAAAUGCCCAGACUGCGGGAAGUGCUAUAAAAGUUCUGGGGAACUGAUGUCCCAUCAACGUGUUCACACUGAGGAGAGACCGUUCAGGUGCUUUCAAUGUGGCACUGGGUUCAGGCGAUCAUUUGAACUCACUGUACAUCAGCACAGUCACACUGGGGAGAGUCCUUUCACCUGCUCUGAAUGUGGGAAGGGAUUCAGUAUUUCAUCCCGCCUGCUGAUGCACCAGCGAAUUCACACUGGGGAAAGGCCGUUCAUCUGCUCUGAGUGUGGGAAGGGAUUCACUCAGUCAUCCCAACUGUCGACACAUCGGCGCACUCAUACUGGGGAGAGGCCAUUCACCUGCUCUGUGUGUGGGAAAAGAUUCACUUGCUUAUCACACUUGCUAACCCACCAGCGAGUUCACACUGGGGAGAGGCCAUUCACCUGCUCCAAUUGUGGGAAGGGAUUCAGUACCUCAUCCAACUUACUGAAACACCAACGGGUUCACAUUGACUAGAGACCUUUUAAAUGCCCAGGCUGCAGGAAGUGCUAUAAAAGCCCUGGAGACCUGUCGUUCCACCAAAAUGCUCACUGAUACGAAACCUUGCAAGUGCUCCCACUGUGGGACUAAGUUCAGGCAGUCAUCUCAUUUCACUGUCCACCAGCACAGUCACAUUGAGGAGAGGCUGUCUCAUGCUCAGGAUGUGGGAAGAGAAUUGAUCAGACAUGCACCCUUCUCAAAUACCAGCAAGUUCUCACCGGAGAGAGGCCAAUCACCUGCUCCACGUGUGGGUGGGGAUUCACUCAGUCAUACAGCCUGCUGUUGGACAGCCAUUCACUUACUCCAAUUGUGGGUAGGGAUUCACGGAAUCAACUGACCUGAUGAAUCACCAACAUGUUCUCACUGGGUAAAGGCUGUGCAGGUGAUAUGAACAUGAAAUUGGAUUCAUUAUUUCAUCCAAUCUUUGGACAGAGCAGCAAGUUCACACUGGGCUGAGACUAUUCACCUGCUCCAUGUGAGGGAAGGGAUUCACUCAGUCAUUUAAACUUCUGACUGAUCAGUGAGUUCACAUUGAAUAGUGAAUGUUUCUGUGUGUGUGUGUAUGUGUAUAUCUCCUUGUAAAGGGAUUUGAUCAUCAUGAAAACUGUAAAAAUGUCAAUGACAAAGUGGAAUGAGGCUAUUCACCUGCUUCCUGUAUGGAAACACAUUUCCUGAUAAUGGAUAUUGUACUUAACAGAGAUCCUGGAAUUAAUUUCAAAUUGUUAGAGUGCUGCUCCCUAAAAGCUAAAUGCAUUUUGUGUUUUUACAGAAUUAUCUGUCUCCCUUUAAAGAAGCUCGGAAACUAGGGAACACAGAGACAUUGGUUUAAUGCUUUUUUUUAGUACAUAAUCCGUUACACACAGAGACCAUGAGAUUACUGGAUACUCACAGGAGGACUCAUCAGAAAUAGUUGUGAGCACAUUAUUUGAAUCUGAUCAGUCUGAUUGAAGGUAGACAUGGUCAACAACUCCAAGCUUUUGUGUAUUGAUCCUUUUUGACUUUAGUAACGUUUCGCUAACUUGAUGAUAACAUGUCAACAUAUUCUGGUUAUUUGUUUAUCAAACAGAAUACAGUAACCGUUUAAAUCUGUCACAAAACUCUCAUAUUUUUCAUAAUAUUGUUGGGUAUUGUAAAGUAGGCUUAUGUUUGUGUGUGUGGAUGGUUCUGUCUGCGUGGCUGAUUUAAUUAAAUUAGAGAUGGAUAGACUGCAAGGUUCAAAUUAUCAAAGGAGUCACGUAUAAAAAGGGCAUGUGAAAUGUUAAUGAAUGAAGUAGGGUAAAGCCUUGGCAGAUAGAAUUUGCAUUUUAAGAUAUGUGCAGAGGUGUUUGGUUUUCAAAAUACAUGAUGAGAUGUUGACAACUAACAAGAUAAAUAAGGCAGGUUAUUAUGUUGAGUUUUCCCAAAAGUGCUGGCCAUAAUGACAACAUAAAAGAUUUUCAUAUUAUGGGAAAAGUAAAUGCCAAAGACAUGAAGGAACAAUGGGUUUUAGAGAUUAAAGAGGAAGAAAUAUAUUUAAAGAAGGAUGGAAGGCUGUGUGUGGGGUGGCCGUGUAAUAUCUGAAAGGUACAAGUGUAAAACCUACUUGGAGAAAAGCCUCUAGCCACUUUGCAGAAGUCUGCUGUUCCCGUAGCCAAAGUUGUGUUAAAAGCCUUUGGAACACCACUGUUGAGUGGGUAACCUUGCUGGAUUGUCACAAUAAAUUUAAAAUCUAUUUUGGACUGUUGCCUUAAAGGGGGUGUCUGGUUAAUUAGGAAUUUGUAGUCUGGAGUCUGGUUAACUAGGAAUUUUGGAAAUUGUUAUAAUAUGGAGUAACCAUGUAACUGUAAUCUUGUGUAUGUGAUUUAUGCUUUUCUUUUGUUAAUAAAUGUUUUAAUUUGAUUU